GAAAUGUGUGGAAUUUUUUGUACAAUUAAUCAGAAUACAGCUGGCUGUCUUGAUCUAACUGAUACACUGAAAACUGUCUUAAAUAACCGUGGCCCAGAUGUGCAGGAUGAGCUACGGCUGGAUAACAUUCUACUCUCCGGUAGUGUCUUGUGGCAACAAGGAGAGAGUAUACAAAAACAGCCCGUAAUCGAAGGGGAUUGUGUAUUGUUGUUUAAUGGAGAUUUGUAUAACUUGGAAAAACCAGACUCAAUGGCAGACACAUUUUGGUUAGCUAAGAAGUUGUCUGAUUGCAACUGUGAUGAAGAGAUACUUUCUGUGCUCAAGGUGUUGGAGGGACCAUAUUGUUUGAUAAUAUAUAACCGGCGUGAGGAAAUGCUUUACUUUUGCCGGGAUGCUCUGGGAAGAAAUUCAUUGAUUAUAGAGCAUAAUCAGCAAGAAUUGCAUUUACUGAGCACCUCAUUUUACUCGGAUAUCGAUCAGUUAUCAACACUUGAAUUGCCUCCGUUGGGACUGUACAAAUUAAAAAUUGAUAACUUGAGCAGCUGUGUACUAUAUCCAUGGCAGCCCCUGAAUGCAUAUACACAUCAGCAACUCAUCACGCUUGAUUUGGCAAUGGGCUGGAAAACGAUAAUCAAACGUACAAUAUCACCAGAUUGGUUGUUAAAAAGCAAACUGGAUUUCGGCUAUGACUUUUACAAAGUUCCAUAUGUCGACAACCAUGAAUCACUUUAUGAAAACCUGCUUAGUACUCCUCAAGUCCAAUCAGCAUUAGCAACAUUUAAUAAAUUACUUCAAAGUUCUGUAGCAUCACGAGUUCAAACGGCCCCUUUUUGCCGUAAUUGCUUAAAGAUUGGCCAAAACACUAGCAUAUGUACACACGCGAAAGUGUGUAUCCUUUUUUCUGGUGGCAUCGAUUGCACUGUCUUAGCCAUCCUGGCUGAUAGAUAUGUACCAGAUGGAGAGCCGAUAGAACUUAUUAAUGUGGCGUUUGAAAGAAUAACUGCUCCAAAUACAGCUGAUACACAGGAAUAUUGGAAUGUUCCUGACCGCAAGACUGCGUUACAAUCAUACAAUGAGCUGAAACGUAUCUGUCCCAAGCGGUUCUGGAUCCUGAUAGAAGUCAAUGUGACACGCCAGGAGUUACAGCUUCAACUCUCACAACAUAUCCGUCAUCUUAUAUAUCCGCUGCAGACUGUUUUGGAUGAGAGUCUAGGCUGUGCGUUUUGGUUCGCUACCCAUACUGUACUAUCAUCUGCCAGAGUUGCUCUCAUAGGUAGUGGUGCCGAUGAGUUGUUCGGAGGAUAUACUCGCCACCGAAACGCUUAUAGACAUUGUCUGGGCGACGACAUAGAGCGUCAGCUUGUUGUACAGAAUGAACUUGAGAAGGAUUGGCAGAGAAUACCUGCUCGAAAUUUGGCGAGAGAUGAUCGCGUUAUUGCGGAUAAUGGGAAAACAGCACGUGCACCUUUCAUUGAAGAGAAUGUAGUUCGGUUUGUUCGGUCUCUAAUGCCGAAACAGAAAUGUUGCUAUAGCUUCCCUGAAGGGGUCGGUGAUAAAUUGCUGUUAAGACUGUAUGGAUACCAAUUGGGUCUGCGGGACGCGGUACUGCUGAAAAAGCGAGCUAUUCAAUUUGGUUCACGAAUUGCUGACAAAAAGCAGCACGCAGCACAGCAUUCUAUUUUCUUAAAGUUCAAUCUUGCUAAUUCGUUGGAAAAUACCUGUUGAAAUAAAAACGAACUUCACAAAUUGCACCAGAGUUA